UGGCUCUCAAGAACCAAGCUUGACCAUUGCCAUGUCUAUGACUACGCCUUGAUUUUCGCCCACAAUGAACUCGACCAAGAAGAUAUACCCUUCUUCAACCACGAGUUUCUGCAGAGCAUGGGAAUCUCCGUCGCCAAACACCGGCUAGAGAUCCUCAAGCUCGCCGGAAAAGAGCAGAAGGGCCGGGGGAAGAAGAAACAGGGGACGUCAAAACAGAGGUUCCUGUGGCUGGUCUUCGCGGCGAAGCAAGUGAAGACGAAUCUCGGGAAGUGGGUUCGCCGCCGGGAGGAUGCCGGCGGAAGCCUGGCGAUCGUGUCGGCGAGGAAUUGCAGCCUGAGAUGGAAGGCGGCGAUGCUGAAGAGGAACAAGACGGUGGUCGGCGGUAACAGUCAGGGGAGGCUGAUGAUGCUCACAAAUUGGGGCAGUAGGAGCUCUGCUUCGGCUUCUCCGGAAAUAAAGGGACUUUCCGGCGGAGGCGGCGGCGGAGUGCAGCGUUCGCCGGCUGUUGGAGAUCUGAAGUGGGAUUCGAUGUUUCAGAACCUGAAGCCCACGUGAAAAUAUAUUUGGUGAAGAUAUGUUAGUGUGUUGUCCAAUCUUAUUAUUCCUAAAACUUAGAAACUACUCCGUAUAUUUUUUAGUUUUGACUAUUUACCAUCAACUAAAACUGAUCUUUCAUU